GAGCCUGCCGCCGCGCUCCAGCUGUACUGAGGCGGACGCCGAGCUCCUGCAAGCAUGGAGGAGGCUGAGGCGAAGGAGCUGCAGGUCGGCUCCUGGCUACCCGUGCUGGUGGAGCAGAUGGUGAACGACACGUUGGUGGUCACCUUGAGCUGCGGGGAGAGGCGCUUCACUGGAAUCCUCCUAGACUGCACUAAAAAGUCUGGGUUGUUCUGUCUUCCACCACCUUCGUUGCCAAAGCAAGAGGAACCUCCUGCUGAUGCUUGCACUAACUGGGUUCCUGAAGACAGACAGCCUGUGAAGGGUGAGACUGAGUCACGGUUUUCUAGUGAAAAACCUCCCAAAGGAAACAAUGAUGAACAGGUUCCUCCUCUUUUGCCACCUCCAUCACCAGGCAAUGUUCCUCCUUACCCUCCCUAUUUUGAGGGAGCUCCUUUUCCUCCUCCCUUAUGGUUAAGACACACAUAUAACCAAUGGGUUCCUCAGCCACCACCAAGGACUAUAAAGAGGACAAAAAGACGGUUGUCACGAAAUAGAGACCCAGGAAGGCUCAUCAUGAGCACUAUUAGACUGAGGCCCAGGCAAGUGCUCUGUGAAAAAUGUAAAAACACUCUGAACCCAGAGGAAGCGAACAAAGCCAGGCAAAAUGCUAAAACAAGGAGGAAGCUAAGUAUUCAGGACAAGGAGCAAAAAAAGCACAGUGAUUCUGAUUAUGUGGAGAAAAGGAAUAAAAGAGAAAAGAGGGAGGAAGACAAAUUUUCUGGGGAAUUAGUGCAUCGAACUCCAGUUAUAAAAAUAUCCUACAGCACGCCACAAGGUAAAGGCGAAGUUGUGAAAAUUCCCUCCCGGAUUCAUGGCUCGGUUAAACCGUUUUGUUCACAGCGGAUAUUGCAGAAUGGAGGGGAGGACCAAGAGGAGAACAGAGACUCUGAACGAUAUCAGGAAACCAAAUGUUUUAUGGAUAAGUCGGCAAGCAGCCAACUUGCUUCCAUUCCAAAACUGAAAUUAACUAGGCCUGUGCAUUCCAGUGCAGAUGUUCCACCUCCCAAAAUCAGACUGAAACCUCAUCGAAUAAAUGAUGGUCAGAGUGUUUCCAUUUAUAAAGCAGAACUUAUUGAUGAGAUAAAUGUCCUUCAGAGUAGCAGGGAGUCCAAUCCUGCUGCAUUUUACACUGAUGAAUCUGCAGAUAGAAGUUUAGCAGAGAUGUCUUCAGGGAGUUCAGGUGAAGAUGAUGACUUCAAAAGAUUUCCCCAAGGUAAAGAUGGACAUGAUAACUUGGCUUUUCUUAUGAAUUAUCGUAAAAGGAAGGCAGAUUCUUCUAGUUUAUCAGUGUGUAGCAAUGACAGUCUAGAUGAAUCCAAAUCCUCUAGUUCAGAAGUAACAUCACCAGAAAUGUGUGACUUUUUACCUGGUGAUGAUGCGUCUGUCUCUUCAUCUUCAAAAGAUGAGCGUAAAAUUGUGCCACCAUUAACAGUUAGACUACAUACACAGAGUGUCUCUAAAUGUGUCACUGAAGAUGGAAGAACUGUUUCAGUGGGGGAUAUUGUUUGGGGUAAAAUUCAUGGUUUCCCAUGGUGGCCGGCACGUGUUCUUGACAUAAACCUUAGCCAGAAGGAAAAUGGAGAACCUUCCUGGCGAGAAGCUAAAGUAUCAUGGUUUGGUUCUCCAACAACCUCAUUCUUAUCUGUUUCAAAACUCUCUCCUUUCUCUGAAUCUUUCAAACUGAGAUUUAAUCGUAAGAAGAAAGGGAUGUAUCGGAAAGCUAUUACAGAAGCUGCAAAGGCAGUAGAGCAUCUGACCCCAGAAAUAAGAGAUCUCUUAACACAGUUUGAAACAUAA